ACUCAGGCAAACGCGUUGGGCAGCCCCACCGACCGUGGGCCUUCCUUAAGACCCGUCGCGGCCACUCGGCAAUUUAAUCAACAAAUUCGAACCAAUCGGCGUCGGAUAACUCCCUUCAAACCGGCUCCCCUUCGCCGCAAGCGGGAAAUACCGCACCGUUUCCCGGGCUCCGUGUCAUUCCUGCCGCCCCGAACACUCCUCCCUCAUGCCUCACACCCACACAGAUAACUGGCAAUCUCUCUUUGGUUGGGAUCCUGAUGCUGCUGUACGAUGCAGAUGGAUUCCCGCCUGGUUCCAAGAGGGCAGCGCCGCCGAAUGGACUCCCCGAUUCGAACCGAGGAUCUGAUGAGCGACGUGGAGUUCCUGCCACCGUCCGCCCCCAGCUCUGCCCCACCCAGCCCGCGCCUCACCUCGGCCGCCGACGAGUCCCGAAUUGGACUCUCCGCUGCCUCCGUCGCGGCCCGCUCCCUGCCCAGCAGCCCCCAUGCCAGCUUCGUCGCCACCACCACCUCCUCAGAGAUGACGGCCAGGCUGCACUCCUCGCUGGGAGCUGCCCACUCGUCUUCUCCCCCUUCCUCCUCCUCCGUAGGUGCCCCCACCUCUCGCUCCAGAGAGACAUUGCAGCGGGGAGGUGGGACUGAUUUGGCGCGCUCAGGACCUCCCUGGCAGCCUGACCCUGUGCUCAGGCUGACUGCCAGCAGCCAGACCGGGCUGGGCCACCUGCAUGAGGUGGCAGGGCCGGGAACCCACGAAACCACCACCUCCCACCGACCCAAGUCUGUCCAGUUUUCCGACAAGGCCCCUGGGCUGAUGGUACCCCCUGGUCCGAUGGUACCCCCUGGUCUAGAAGAACCAGCCAUGCAAGCGGUCCAGCGACUCUCCAAAAGGGCAGAAAGUAGCGACGGGACAAAGGGUGGAUCCAGGCACAUCUCGGAGAUGGAGUCAGUCCGGUCCCACCUGCAGAACAUGUUGAAACUCUCCCAGGAGCUCACCUGCAGCGUAAGCCCCAGUUCCCUGAUGUCGAAGGGGAUUGAUGACCAGCGAGAUGACGAUUCUUUCGAGAGUGACUGCACCAGUGCCUUACUGAGUGCCAAACCAUACCAGGAGAUUUCUGUCUCCCCGCCCAUACCCCUCCUGGGAUUGGAUGACGCUGCUCUCUUCCCUCGAUAUUCCCGGAUGCGGCUGGGUACGGGAGAGGGACUGGUGGCUGAAUCCUCCCUGUAUGAGAAUCAGAUUCUGAAGGACACCCUCGAUAAAGAGCGCACCAGGAGGAAACACUGCGAGAAACAGAUUCAGAGUCUUCAGAACAAGAUCCUGGAGCUCCAGCAACAACUGGCUGUGGCGGUGUCAGCUGAUCGGAAGAAAGACAUUAUGAUCGAGCAGCUGGAUAAGACACUGGUGAAGGUGGUGGAUGGUUGGAAGAAACACGAUUCAGAGAAAUCGGAAGCCAUGAGGCAACUGCAGGAGGAUCGCGAGGCGGCAGAGAAGGGGCGCAGCAAGCAGCAACAGGCCAUGUUCAACUUGGAACAGCGUUUAUCUCAAGCAAACCAAACCAUGAUGAAGGAGCAACAAGAAAGGGGUCUGCUGGAGGAGGAGCGGGGCAUGUUGGAGGAGCAGAACCAGAUGCUGCAGAAGGCUCUGGAAGUGGAGCAGCAGCUCUGCCUGAGGCUUCAGGGUGACUACGAGGCGGCAGAAAGCAGCAGGCAGCAUGAGUGGAAACAAGCUGAGGCAUUGCGCACCAAACUUGCAGAGGAACGAGAGGCGAGCAGCCAACGCGAGAAGCAACUGGAACAGAGGAUCACACAGCAGGAAGAAGAACUUCAGAAGCAGCUGGAAAAAGAGAAGGCAACUGCUCAACGUGAGACUCAGCGAGCACAAGACGCGCAGCAAGUCCUUGGAGCUGUCCAAACAGAGCUGCAGAGAGUGGAAAUUGAGCUGGACACUGCGAAACGUGACAAGGAAAAUCUGGAGAUGGAGCUCAGCCUGGUCAAGGCACGCUCUGAAUCGCAGCGGGUCAAGAGCGAGACAGAGUUUAAGAUGGCCCUGGAACAGCAGGUGACUGAGCGCCUGGCAGCCGUGCAUGAAGACAGCAUCCGGCAGACGGCCGCUGUGCGGGAGCAGCUCAGGAAACAGAUCAUGGAAAUGGCUACACAGCAUGAGGUCGAGAUGGGUAAGCAGCUAGCUGAGUUCAAAUCGGAACUGCAGGAGCGAGAGGAGAGGCACCGUGGCAUAGCUGAGGGGUAUGAGAUCAGGCUGGCGAAGGUGCAGGAGGAGAUGGGCAGACUCCUCACCACUAAGAGGAAGCUGGAGGUGCAGCGAGGUGAGAUGGUGAUCAAGUUGCAGAGCAUGAUGCAGACACACUGGAACGAAGCACUGAAAGUGCUGAUGUCCGAAGACUCGCCCCCAGGCCUCCAGAGAUUCUCGCAGCAACCUGCCCUUCGUCACAACCAAGUGCCUGUUUAUACGGAACUUAACCGCACAACAUCGGCCUCGGAAGCCAUCAACAACUCAGAUCUCUCGUCUUCCUCUACAGUGCCUUACCCUGUCCCAACCUCAGACACUGACUGGCUGAAGCAUUCCUCCGAAAGCAGGGACACUCAUGCGUCUGGCGCCCAAGUGCACAAGAAUCUGGUCAAACUGCAGAACUCUACCUGUGUCAGCCAAAGGGAGGAAUCCCAUUUCUCCACGCUGGCUCCAGAUUGCAAGGUUCAGGGAGACAGGAUUGAGGGCGGACGACCCUCCUACACUAACCGAGAGGCUUGUGUAUUCGUGGAUAAUUCCACAUUGGAUGGUCAUAGCUUCCAUGGUUCCUUUCCUCAGGGCGUUCCCUUGCAGCCUGUGGUACAGGCUCCCUCUCACCAACUGGCAUCGAUGGCAGCCAAAGACCAGGAGUCUGACCCGUGUCCCAACAACCUCAGCAGACAUCAUACGCUGGCUUCAACUGCUGCCGAAACUCUGAAGCCCCUGAUGAAAGGGGGAGGUUACCCGCAGCAGGGUCCCCCGCACUGUGGUGACCAGCCACCACUGUCUGGGAACUUGUGUUUCUCUGAGCAGAGCCAGAAUCAGUCAAUGAUGCUCCCUCUGCUGCCCUACCAUCCAUCAUUGGAAGACCUCAGCCAAUUGUUAAAUUACAGCUUCCUCAGCCACGGCAGCUUCCAGCCUCUGGAGCCACAGGUGGAUGAGACCAUGGUAACAGCCUCUGGGGCCCAUCCAGACGAGCUGGCUGAGCACCCAUUUACCGAGGACGCUGAUGACAGCAGGCUAACCCAUGAUCAGCUGGCCAGCGAGGGUGGAACCACCAAGAACAGCAGCUUUGAGUCAUCAGGUGGACAGUCCUCCUCCCAGGAGCAGAACUCCCAAAGCAGCGAGCUCCAAUAUUACAUCCAGAUGCUAUUAGACCGAUCGCCUGGGGAUCCGGUGGAAACUGGUGCAGAACCCGUGAAGCCUAAUGUAGUUCAGGAUGAUGUGGUGUCCCAGCAAGGAGGAUCUCAGGUCUUGCACGAUUGCCCCACUCUCUGGGAGAGUGCCAAGCCCCAGUCGACGAGGCAGUUCCCAGCAGGGCAGAACAGCAAGCCUUCCAGCAAGGCCGUGCAGAAAGUUAAAGUUGACCCCUCAGAGGCUGUCCCUUUGCAGCGGGCGCUCGGAUCCCGAAGUCCUCAGAAAUCAGGAUCUUCAGGUGGAGUGCUGUCUCCCAAGCAGAUUGGAGAGCUAUCACGACUGCUAAGCAUGCACCACAUCGCCUCCAACCAACCAGCUCCUGCUAUGGAGGAGCUCUUCACCUACCUGAGGGGCAUCCAGCACGACAGCCCAGAUGGUUCAGAGGCGGUGGCUGCAUCUGCUCGAAGAAACUUGGAUCAGAAGUUAAACCUCGUGGUCAAAACAGAGGGCUCAUCUGUGCAGAACAGCCAAAGACGGUUCUUGGCAAACAAGACAGCGACGGAAAAGAGCUCCAAUUCAAGCAAACCAGGGAAGAAACCUAUGCAGAACAGCCAAUCAGGCAGCAAAGGAGUGAAAACAACAGUCUGGAGAUGAGUUGAGGCAAAGUUAAUUUCUGACACCAGGGAAUAAUUCCAGUGAUCAAUGAAUCCCAAUGCUCUGAUCUGGUCAUUGUAGCCCAUUUAUCCAAGCUGGAGAUUGUGGGGGAACUUGAUUGGCAAGACAAUUGGACCUUAUGAUCAAGUUUCUCCUUGUGCCUAAUUUUGCAGUAAUCUUGAGGGAUUGGCAUGUGAUUUUCAAUGCUGGCAUGCACUGAGUGAUCAAUGUACCAAGUUCAUGAUGUCUUUCUGUGUCAUCUGGUAAAGGUACCAUAUAAUAGCAACAGCAAAACCUAACAGCAAGUGGCUGCUGAAUUGUUAAAGGGAGAUUCUGAAGGUGGGGCAUGCUACAGUCUGAAGCACGUUGAUAUGGAUGUCUACAGGGAUCGAUAUGCUGCAAGUAACCAGUAUUAUACCUCAUGUCCCAAAUGUAAGUAGAGGUAUGUGUCUCCAGGACAUCAGAAUGGAAUUGUAGUCCAUUGAGAUAGAAAGGGUUGGGUUUUUCAGUUCAUAACUUACUCCAGGAAUUCAUUGUUACAAUUAGUCUCUGGCAAUUAUUCUAUGUUGCAGUGUAUUAUGUGAUUGGGCUGUGAAUGCUAUGAAUUAUGUUUAGAUUAACCUCCAAAUCUUUUUAAAGACCUUUUUCCCUGUUUUCCCGCUUUCAAGCUUGCUGUUCUCCUAUUUUGGGUUGUUUUAUUAAUCUUGUUUUCUUGUUUUAUUUUGAGAUAAGAAUCUGGCUUUGCAUCUGUGUUAAGUAAUAAUCACCUUGUUAGCUAUCUAUGAGAAAAGGUCUUCCUGCACCUCUUCCAUGUUCGUUGAUUUCAUCCUUCCUCCCUUUCUCUGUCUAUCACUUUCUCUCUCUCUUCAGUCCCUCAUCAUCUCCCUUUCUGGCCCUUUAAACCUCCCUAUUUUUCUGUCUCGCUGUCUCCCAUUUUACAGAGCAACCUUUGCUGCGCUAUCCAGCUUGCAUUUGAUCAAACGCGGUGCUGUGACAUCCACAGGUGUUUCCUGGAGAGAUAUCACCUCCAUACUGAUAUUGCAAAACAUUCCAGAUCGCUUUCCCCGUUUGUGUUGACCCUUGCUGACACAUCUGACCUGUUAAUUCUUGUGAUAAUGAUUUCUCAUUCUAAAAGUAAUUUAGUUUGGUCAGAACUCUGCAUUUUAAUCUACGUUUUUAAAAAAAAGCAUUAUCACAAAAAGCUGUGAUCUUUUUUAGAAUAUUUUUCUGUGGCUUCAUAUCUGUAUGAGCAACUUUUGAUAACUACAUCAAGGUGUGCAAUUUUCACUCAUUUAUUGGUUUUUACAGCUAAAAUUUAUUCUUGGGCUGUGUUCUUUUUAAGAUAUUGCAGUUCGGUAUCUAGUGCACGUUUCUGGUCUUUUACAAGUUCUGGUGCAGAAAUACUGUAGCAGUUACUUCAGUGAAGGUAACCUCACUUCUGUUUGUGUGUGAAAUGCAAGUUAAUGCCUUGAGGCUGAUCAUGUCUGUGUAUGUAUUUGGUGUUUUUUUUUAUAUGUUAACCAGUUGCCAACAGCUUAUAGCGGAGUAUUGUACAGGGCUGUUUCCCACCUGGUUUAAGGGCAUGUUUUACAUUCUGUUAACUUUUAUAUUAGUGUUAAAAUUAGAGCCUAGUGUUAAAAUUAGGCUCAUUGGAGUUCCAGGAUCUGCUGGAAAUUUCUCAACAUUUCCCCAUGCUCCGCUAUCUCCAAAACAUUUUAUCUAUUAAAUUUAAAUGGCCUAAGAACAUUUAGGAGUAAUUGUGGCACUCGCAGAAAGGUCAAGGGGCCUUGUUCGAUAUUCCCACUUACUUAACCCUGAUCCAGUAUGAUGGCUGGGGGUGUGGGUUGGCUGGUGGUAUUAACUACAAGGCGUAUUAAGUGCAGCUGUCAGGAGCGCUUUGUCUUGUUUUGGGUUCUACUCCCAUCAAGUCUGCAAAUGUCUGUGGGGAAGUUUCUCUAAAUCUCCCCCAAAGGAGUCUGGAUAUUUGGGUGCAAGUAGUAAUUCUAUUGCACCUAAAUCUGGACUGAAACAUCUGAAUAUGUCCAGGGAAAAGAUUGCACCAAGCAUCUAUUAAUGACUGCAGUAUUUUAACAUCUGCAGCUGUCCUCCUCUGCAUUGUAAAGUCUGUAUUGGCUCCACUGUUAGCUUAUAACUUCCAUGUGCCUAACCUGCCUUUCCCCCACCUUCAGAAGUUACGACACGAUUUGAGUUGGGGUUGAGUGUACCAGUGGGAAGCACAAGAAGUAUCGUUCAGAUUGAAUGCUAAGUUAUAUAAUAUUUUCUUAAGUUUUCAAGGAAGUGUUUGACCCCUGUCAUUUCUUAACACUUUGGUUCAGGCUCCGUUUUAAGGUGUCAUGAGCCCACGUUGAGAUUCCGCUCUUCAAUCUCCCCACACGCUGAUAGAUCAGAGUGCCCACGUGGCAAGGACAAGAACGAUUGGCAGCUUAAGGCUGUAUGAGUUGGAAUGAUAAAGCCUAUAACCAGCUGCUGUUUAAGGGAUGCCGUGUGUUGGAGAUAGUCCACCAACAUGGAUGGAACCUGAGCACCCCUGCAAAGAGUAGAAUGCCUCUGUUUUUGGUGGGGAGGUGGGGAAGCCUUGUUAAAGAAGCCAUCCAGCUCGAGCAAUCUUCCUCUCGAGAAGAGUGUGAGCAAAUAGCUGCAGGCACAUCUGUAAUUGUCAACCCAUCUCUUUCCCUCCCUCCGUUUCCUUUCGAAGGUCAAUAAACAGUCAUGUUUGGUACAUGGCACUUCCUGGUUAACCCCACCAACCCCCUCAAGCAAACACAGGCAUGUGAUCAAUGACCCAGGUAUCACCCCUGUCCUGAGGACUUCUGUCUCCAAAUACUUCAACCCAAUUAGUUUGGAAAGGGUUUCACUGGACAUCCCAAAUGUGCUAGCAAUCUAAAGAAGCCUGUGACCUUCCCAACGUGGUGCCCCCUGCAGUUACCUCCAGGGUACCAAAUCGCAAGUCCUGCACUACUUAAUACUGUAUGCAAACAUAUGUACAGCCUUAUGUGACAUACCCCAUCUCAGUUUUUUCAUUAUUGUCUUUUGCUGUGUAUUGAUUCUAUUUAGUUAAUUAUUUAUAUUUAUGUCUGUCUGUCUGCAUUGAUUUUUACAAACUUAAAUACCUUAUUUUAAUAUGGAUUUUUAUACAAUAAACUUUUAUGGAAUAUUUUAAUUUAAAAAACUGUUAAGUGUCUGUUCUGAAUACAAAGAUUGUUUGUUGUCAUUUGCUGGGUGAUGGUAUCUGUAUUUGCAAUAUCUGACCUGCUUCAGAACCUGAGGACUGAGUGUGGACACGGGUGCUACAUAAUGACUGAUUUCGUCUAAUGCCUGUUUUUGAGUUUUAAAGGUUGCAGGUUGUAAGGAAUCCAAGGGAUGAGCAAAUAGGGUUAGGGUGUGAUGUCUUGGUAGUUGAUUCACACCAAAGGCUCAAAGAAUUUAAAGAGUGAUGAAAUCCUUUCACAAUGCUGCUUUAACAAAUAAAUGUUUAAUGAUU